AUGGAACGCAACGACCUCUCAGAAGUCGAGAAGCUCCACUACUUGAAAUGGGCAUUGUCAGGCAACGCAGCGCAGGUCAUUGCACACCUGCCCACGACCAACAAGGCCUUCCAGAAGGCGUGGAAACUCUUGCACGCCCGGUAUGAGAACAAACGCCUAAAUGUCCAGUCUCACAUGGACAGAAUCGCCGAGUUGAAACCAAUGAAACACCGGAGGGCUAGUUCAUUAAUUAAAAUGACCAACAUAAUCGGCGAGACGCAGGAAGCGCUGACCACGUUCGGGCUCAACGACCAGCACUAUUGUUUUCUGUUGAGUCACCUUGUGAGGCUGCUUGACUCUGACACCCGAGAGCGCUGGGAGUCUUCUCUGAGCACGCAGACCGACUACCCCACGUUGACGCAGCUCACUACUUUCUUGCUGGGACGCGCCAGAACGCUGGAACAGCUGGAGCGGAUGGCCGAGCAGAAAACACCUCAGACCACGCAGACAACCUCAGGACGCCCUGCCAGCCGCGACAUCCGGCUGGUGCAGCAGAAAGCCGCCGUACACGCAGCCUCGGCAACGCAGCCCACGCCAACGACGACACAAGCGUCCACGUUUCGCACACGCACUUCAGCACUGUAUCCCUGUGCGCUCUGCUCCAGGGAUCAUUUUUUGUCAGCCUGUCCAGCAUUCAGGGACAAGAACGUGGAGAAGCGCAUCAGUGUUGUGAAGGCCCACCAGCUGUGUGUGAAUUGCUUGGGCCACCACAAUCUUCGAAGCUGCCGUACUGCACAACGAUGCAAGUUGUGCAGUGAGCAGCACCAUACAGCUCUUCAUGGUGGCAACCUUAUCCGGGUACUGGUGCCAUGCCCUCAGACCUCGCAGCCCGCUACCGCUUCCGCAUCAUCGCAGCCCACGGCGAAGGCAUCGCAGACCACGCAAACUCAAUCGACAACGCAUUUAGACGUCGGUGCAGUCGUCGACGCCCACGCAACCUGCUCAGCCCACGCAUUAAAGGACCACGCAGCCCACGCACUCAGACCACGCAGACCACGGACCACACUUCUAGCAACAGCACGCGCAAGAGUGCACACUGACCUCGCAACGCAGCAAUCUUUAGUAAAUCAGAUUAGACUCAGACGAAAACGCUCCUCAUUGGAUGUCCACGGAGUUGGUGGAGCAAGGACCUCGCAGACUAAUGGAGUGGUCAAUAUUACCCUCCAUUCCAACUACAGACCACUUUCAGUCACCGUUCAAUCACACGUGCUCACAAAGGUGACUACUUGCUUGCCAUCGGAACCACCAUCUCAGCCAACGCUACCAUUGCAUUUGGAGAAAUUGAAUCUCGCAGAUCCUCAAUUUCUCGUAUCCAGACCGAUGGACAUCAUUCUCGGAGCCGACGCAUACGGGCAAGUCAUCAAGCCAAACAUUAUUCGGAGCAUUUCAACACCAUUGAUCGCUCAACUUUCGAUCUUCGGUCGGCUCGUAAUCGGGCCCCUCGAGGGCACUCAGACCAUUCGCAGAACUUGUCAUCAGGUGACGGUCAAUAAUACUGAUCGCCAGUUGAACGAGCAAGAGUGCGAAGAUCAUUUCAAGACCACGCAUUCAAGAGACUCCGCAGGAAGAUACAUCGUGCGAUUGCCGCUCAAACUUUAUCCUCGAGCACUUGGCAAUUUGUAUCAGACCGCGCACAAUUGCCUUCAACGGACUCUCAGACGACUCAGUAAGGACGCCCAGUACAAUCAGCUGUACACCAAGUUCAUGCUCGAGUAUGAGCAACUUGGUCGUAAGGUAAGACUGAACAACGACUCAAUAACUAGUCCGUUUCAGUACUUUCUUCCGCAUCAUGGCGUUCCAAAGUGGGGCAGUACGACCACCGCAUUGAGUGUGGCUUUCAAUGGCUCCAGUCCAACUUCAUCAGGAUACUCGCUGAACGAUCUUCUACAUACUGGUCCAGAUCUGAUGCUGAAUAUCGCAGAUCUGCUCAUUUGGAUACGCAGAUACAAACAUCUGAUAAGUGCGAAGGGAGGAAAAGCAUAA